GCGCUUGAUGUUUGCGAACCCUUUUUGGCCACCACGACUGGCCGCAGGCGAACAGAGAGAGGGGGGAGCGUCUACGGAGAUGGAGAUGGAGGUGGUGGAGGCAGGAGGCCUGCCGUCCGAUUUGGAAUGUCGGGUCAUGGCAGCGGUCAAGGCGGCGGAGGAGCGGGGCGACCCGCCGCUUCUGCGAGCGGUGGAGGCAGCGCGUUGCUUCCAGGAGUCCGGGCUCGGGAUCCCGAGCACUGAACUGGCUCGUGUCCUCGUCUCGAAUCUGUGCUUCGCUAACAACAACCCGUCGCUGUGGAAGCUCCUAGACCAGGCGAUGGCUUCGCGCGUCGUCUCCCCCAUCCACACCAUCGCGCUGCUCAUGCCCAGGGUGAUCCCCUGCCGACGGGAACAACCGGAGGCCUACCGGCUUUACCUUGAACUCCUUACCCGCUAUGCCUUUUCCACGCUCUCGUUCGAGGCUGCGACUUGUAGAGACAAAAUUACAAAAGCGAUUGAUGAUGCUAUGAAACUUUCAGAGACAUACAAGGUUCAAGAAAUGGAUUUCGGCCAUGCCAUUGUUUUAUUCUACUUUAGUAUCAUCUCAAGCUUGAUUGAUUGUUCAAUCGAAGAUUGUGGUUGCUUACUGGUGUCAGCAGACAAACAUGGCAGUGCGUUUGUUAAUGGAGGAAAACUAGCCACUGAGUUAGAUGUUAAAAGUUUGAACGAUAAGAUAAAUGAGCGCCGUGAUAAUUUGCGCCAGAGCAAUGCUUUAAUGGCUAUUGAAGUGGCUGAAAAGGUUACUUCAAACAAAAAGUCCAAAGCUUUUCUGCGUCUCAUAAGUAUCAACAUGCCUGAGCAUUUUAAUGAUCUGCUUCGGAGACUGCAAAUUAUAGAUGCCAAUCUAUCAACAACAUUACCUUCUAGGCAUGUUUUUGACAAAUUGUCCACCAAUAUAAAGAAGGCAAUCAGUAAGGAACUCCAUUUGGACAAACAUAAACUUCUUGGGGCUCUAGUUGAUGCUCGGUCAUGUAGCUUGAAUUCCUCCAACAGUUUUGGGGCUGGUAAAGAUGCUUGUUGGAUUCCUAUUGAUGUCUUUAUGGAGAAUGCAAUGGAUGGAAAGAAUCUAUAUGCUGUAUCUGCUGUUGAGAUUCUUGCAGAAUUGGCGAAGACCUUACAAGAAAUUAACCAGGCAAGCUGGCAGGAAACAUUUCAAGCUCUUUGGAUUUCUGCUCUCCGACUUGUACAACGAGAUCGUGAGCCUGUGGAAGGGCCUGUUCCGCACCUCGAUGCACGAUUAUGCAUGCUGCUUUCCAUUGUCCCUUUGACAAUUGCUGCAGUUGUCAAGGAAGAGGAUGAAGGAUCUUUUCUUUCCGGCAACAGCUUUGCCAAAUUGAGUUCACAUGGAAAUAGACAAAAUAAGAUUGCAUCUAGAAGCCAUGGCUUGAUAUCAUCACUCCAGAUACUGGGCCAAUUUUCAGUGCUUCUCUCACCUCCUCCAUCAGUUGCAAAUGCGGCCAAUAAUGCAGCUACAAAAGCAGCCAUUUUUGUGUCCAACCUAAAAUCUGGGAAUAGCAAUCAUAAUGGUGGGCGUACUGAUUCUUCUAUAAAAGCAGUUGGGAAUAUGCUGCACCUUAUAAUUGAAGCCUGUAUUGCAAGAAAAUUGAUUGAUACAUCUGCUUAUUUUUGGCCUGGAUAUAUUGUCCCAUCUUCUUUGCCAAAAGAUUCAACUUCAUUUCAAGAAUCCCCUUGGUCAACCUUCCUUAAGGGAGCUCCAUUGACAAGUUCUUUAAAAAACUCCCUUAUGAUGACCCCUGCAUCAAGUUUGUCAGAAGUGGAUAAAAUGUUCCACAUUGCAGUCAAUGGAACAGAUGAAGAAAAGUCUGCAGCUGCAAAGAUUCUUUGUGGUGCGUCUCUUGUCCGUGGCUGGAAUAUCCAGGAACAUGUUGUGCACAUUGUUUUUAAAUUGCUGACUCCUUCUCCUCCUGAUUCAUCUGCAUCUGGGGCCAGGAAUCAUUUUAUCGAUCACAUGCCUGUGCUAAGUGCUGUUUUGUUUGGAGUUUGUUGUGUGGAUACUGUUCAUAUCCUUUCUCUAUAUGGCAUGAUUCCAGAGGUUGCUGCAGCUUUAAUGCCUCUUUGUGAGACCUUUGGAUCCUUGUCACCCCUUUCCACUCAUCGAUCAAGCAAUUCUGAUGAAAUUUCUGUUUACUCUGUCUUCUCAUGUGCUUUCCUUUUUCUUCUCCGCCUUUGGAAGUUCUAUAAACCAUCUCAGGAGUACUGUGUAGCAGGUCGUGAAGGUUCUGUGAGAAUGGAAUUAACUCUGGACUAUCUUCUUUUGAUGCGCAAUAGUCGUAUUGCUUUGAAAAACUCUUCUUCUACGAAAAGGGCGGAUAAUAAUUUGGAUCCCUUUAAAUCAUUACAAAGUCAACCAGUUUAUAUUGACUCAUUUCCAAAACUUCGAGCUUGGUAUUUUCAGAAUCAGGCCUGUAUAGCAUCCACUCUUUCUGGCAUGUGUAGUAAAAAUCCUGCACAUCAAGUUGCCAAUAUGAUUUUGAACAUGGUUUAUGGGAAAUCAUCAAAAAGUGAAUCAGUUUCUGGUAAUUCCACACCAAACACCAGCAGCAGCAUAAAUGUUUCCACUAUAACUACAACAGAAGAAUCUUGCCAGAGGCCAAUGGUUCCUGCAUGGGAUAUCUUGGAAGCUGUUCCCUUUGUUCUUGAAGCUAUUUUGACUGCAUGUGCCCAUGGAAGGCUUUCAUCCCGAGAUUUGACUACAGGUUUGAGAGACCUUGUUGAUUUCCUGCCAGCUUCUCUUGCUACCAUCAUUAGCUACUUUUCAGCAGAGAUUACUCGUGGAAUUUGGAAACCAGUUCCAAUGAAUGGGACUGAUUGGCCCAGCCCUGCUCCAACACUCCUUUCUAUUGAGUCUGAGAUAAAGGAAAUCCUUGCAUCUGCUGGGGUGCAUAUUAAGAGCUCUUAUCCUCAUGGUUUGCCACCAAUGCUCCCAUUACCGAUGGCUGCUCUUGUGAGCUUAACAAUAACUUUUAAGCUCGACAAGAGCUUGGAGUACAUCAAUGGAAUUGCAGGCCAAGCCCUUGAGAAUUGUGCAACAGCCAGCACCUGGCCAAGCAUGCCAAUAAUAGGAGCUUUGUGGACUCAAAAGGUGCGGAGGUGGCACGACUUCAUUGUCCUAUCCUGCUCACGCUCUCCUUUUUCCACGGAGAAGGAUGCUAUUGUAGAGCUGAUCAGGAGCUGCUUCUCCUCCUUCUUAGGUCCAUUGGGUGCCCGAGACUCUCAAUCUACCACCAUGCGGGGAGUUACUGGUCUUUUGGGUCAGUUUAUGGCUGACCAAGGUGUUCGACUACCAAUGGCCCCAGGUUUCUUCUAUCUCCGGACGUGCCGAAACUUUCAUGCCCCUCACUUCUUCAAUGAGGUGAUUUUCAAGCUGGUCAUCGAGUAUGCUCACAAACUAGCAAUUGAAUGGGGCUCUGGUGAGCCUGCCCGCCUAAAAUCAAGCAGGACAUCUCUUGCUACUGCAGCAUUAGGAAUACAACAAGCAGCAACACUGGGGGCAAGCCUUUUGUUUAUUGCAGGUGGGGUGCAGUUAGUGCAGGUAGUUUAUGAGGAAACAGUGCCAACACUGCUGCUGUCUCCUGAUGAAGGGGUGAAACUUGGCGGUGCUGGACCAAUAGUAAAUAUUCUGAUAGGCUAUGCUCUAGCCUAUAUGUUGAUCUUAUGCGGAGCUUUGGUUUGGGGAUUAGGAAACUCCUGCCCACACACAUCAGUGUUCUCUGCCAGACGAGCCCGGGUUAUUGGGAUCCACAUGGACUUGAUAGCUGAUGGCAUGGAGGGAAAUAUAAUGCUCGGGUGUGAUCCAGCAACAUGGAAGGCAUACGUAUUGUGCUUUGUCGGCUUGCUGGUGAAUUUUGCACCCGCUUGGAUUCCAGAGGUGAAGCAGGAGACCUUGCAUAAGUUGGCCAGUGGUCUGAAGGGGUGGCAGGAGUGUGAUCUGGCUCUAUCUCUCCUUGAGUUAGGUGGUCCUUCUUCCAUGACGGCAGUGGUGGAGUCUGUGCUGUGAUCCUCUUUCCUUGGUUUGUUUUCGCCUACUAAUCCUGUAAAUAGCUAGUUUGCCUGGUCUUAUUCUCAUUGCAGACUGGGACACAUGUUCAUGGUCUCCUAACAUCUGGUCUAGUUCAAGAUUGUGUAAAGAACGAGUCACCAGAAGGAAACUUCACCAGAUAACAAGGUCUAAAAGAAAACCUAGAUCAGUUUGUGUCGGAUGAAAACCCAAAUCAAGAUUUGCUGACGCCUUGGUUUUUGGACCUGUUCAGGUCUAAAAGAAGCAAUUUAUGAUUAUACACGUUUAAUUUUUCAUAAGGUCAACGAUCUUAUGGAUAUUAUUUAUGGAGUAGCAUCCAGUCGUUGAAGUGUAGAUCCUAGCCAACAGUACGUUUUGAAAUUUACUGAUGUGACACUAUUAAAAAACAUAUAUUGAAAGGCACUUUUGAUCAUGUAAACCCCAAAUGUUUGUAUCUGAAUAUGUUUGUUGUUGAAAUCAUUGCAUUAAAAACAA